CCCUCCUCAGGCGGGGCGGGGCGAAGCGGGUAGGCCGCGAUGUGGCACCGGUCUGUGUGUGUGGGCCUCCUGGCCCUAGCGCUGGGCUACCUCUGCCUGCUGAGCCCCGAGCUGUCCCCACCAGCUCUGCGGCAGCUCUCCGCCUCGCUGCUGGGCACGCUGCGCCGCGCCGGCUCGCUUGAGGGCCGCAUGGUGUCGGCCUGGCAGGCGGCCAUCGUCCGCCCGGCCCGCGGGUGGGCGCGCGUUGCCGUCGGGGUCAAUGCCUGCGUGGACGUGGUCCUGUCUGGUGUGAAGCUGUUGGAGGCGCUCGGAGUGGAGCCUGGGGAUGGGAAGAAUCACGCGGUGCUGAGCUCCCGGCAGGACCUGGGAGAGGCGUUCGCUCACUUCAUGGACAAGGGGGCUGCUGCCGAGCGCUUCUUCAGCGAUGCUGAGUCCUUCCACCACAUCGCCCGCACCGCCUCUGAGCACCCCGGGGCUCAGCUGUACGUAGGAGGAAACGCUGCCCUCAUCGGUCAGAAGCUUGCAACAAAUCCAGACCUGAAGAUCCUCCUUUGUGGCCCAGUUGGUCCAAAACUCCAUGAACUACUUGAUGACAACGUGGUUGUGCCACCUGAAUCCAUGCAGGAAAGAGAUGAAUUUCAUCUCAUCUUGGAAUAUCAAGCAGGUGAAGAGUGGGGACAGGUGAGAGCACCCAAUGCCAACCGCUUCAUCUUCUCCCAUGACCUAUCAAAUGGUGCCUUAAACAUGCUGGAAGUGUUUGUGUCCAGCCUGGAUGAAUUUCAGCCAGACCUGGUGGUGCUCUCAGGACUUCACAUGAUGGAAGGCCAGAGCAAGGAGGUGCGGCAGAGACGACUUAUGGAGGCUGUGGCCUCCAUCUCUGACAUCCCCACUGACAUCCCCAUACACCUGGAGCUGGCUAGUAUGACUGACCAAGAUUUUAUGAGCAACAUAAUGCAUGAGCAGGUCUUUCCCCUGGUGAACUCCAUUGGGCUGAAUGAACAGGAGCUGCUGUUCCUCACGCAGGCUGCCUCUGGUCCUCAUGCCUCCCUCACUUCCUGGAGCGGCAUUCCCGAUGUGGGUAUUGUCAGUGACAUCCUCUUCUGGAUCCUGAAAGAGCACGGGAAGACCACAGAGAGGACCUCUGAUCUCACACGGAUCCACUUCCACACCCUGGCCUACCACAUCCUUGUUACUGUGGAUGGGUACUGGGGCAACCAGGCUGCUGCUGUGGCUGCUGGAGCUCAAGCAGCAGGGACUCAGGCCUGCGCCACCGAAACCAUCGACACCACCAAAGUCUUUCUUAAAGCUCCUAUGGAGUUUGUGACCUCCCAGAUAGAGGCACCUUCCAAAAUUUCUAUAAAUCCAGAUGAGCCAGUGGUGCAUUGGCACCGAGAAGGCAUCUCCUUCCAUUUCACUCCUGUUUUGGUGUGUAAAGAUCCUGUCCGGACCGUGGGACUUGGGGAUGCUAUUUCAGCUGAAGGACUGCUGUAUUCGGAAGCAUAUCCUCAAUAGAAAACUAAGACCCUCCUUUUUCUCCAGUACUAUACUGUGUCUGAGGAACCAUGGAUUUAGGAUUUCAGGCAGUGUUGGUAUAGGAACAGAAUCAGGUUGUGGUGGGUUUUCUGGAUAUAACUGAAAAAAGAGCCAAAGAACAAUUCCAGGUAUAAACUGUCCAGCACAUUCCAGUCGCUGACAGUGACUUGAAUGCUUCAUGUUUAGGUGCAGAUGUUUUGGUAUUUAAUGUGAAAAUGGGCUUUGCUUUGUCUUAAGCACAUGGGGAGGGAAAUGAGUAUUGAAAUCCCUGUUUGGAACUCCAAAUGGCUCCUGUUCUGUUAGUGCUGGAAAGUAGAGCAGCCGGGAGGAGUUCCUGGUGCAGAUCCCAGGGAGAACGCUGUCUUCCCUCUGCUAAACUAAAAAUAAAAGGCUCUUGCAUUAUCUCCUCCCAGUCCCUUGCUGGUGGCAGGAACAAACCUUCUGCUUGCUUGGUGUGAGGAUGGAAGCUUUUGCCUAUCAGCCUCAGUGUCCCCGGCCUUGGGGAGAGCCAGAGUCCCAAAAUGUGAUACACGCUGCACAACUCCUUAAAUGCACCCGCAAAACCAGGCUCAAGGCUGCCUAGAUUAACCUGGGUAUCUCUUGUCUCUGUACUAAAGGUAUCCAGCUGAGCCCCAGCAGCCUGUGCUUAGUUUUUGGGGGAAGCUAGAAGUGAAGAUGAUCAGGGUUGCUAUUGGAGGAGACAGCUUUCUUUGCUUGUCGGGUAAGCUACAAAGCAAUAGCUGUGGUUGCUGUGCUCUGAAUCGCUUCUCUGCUGACAGUGGGUGCUUGGAUCUGGUAUUUUGGAGAACUGUGGAAUGCUGGAGACCAAGUUUUUGUUGUUGCUUGAGAAUGGUUGUGCAGUUCUCUUCACUUCCCCUGCCCUCCAUUCCAGUGUUAAUAUAUUGGGGAAUCUGGAUGCACAAAAGCCACAGCAGCAUUUUCCAGGUAAGACUGAAGGUGAGGGAAGCUUUGUUUUAGGGUUUGGUGGGUUUUUUCCUCUUCAACUGGGUCACUGUUUCUUUUCUCUGGACAGCCUCUGACAUUAAACAAGUACAACCAUGUGUCCUUGUUCAGUACUUCCUGCAUAUUGUUUUCCUGUCUCCUUUCCCUCCUCUCCUUGACUCUUUCCAGCCACAUGCUGUGACUUGCACAGCACCAGCAUGUGUUUGCCUCUUUCCAGCAUGGUUCCAGCAGGAACUUCGAGUGUGUUUGCAUAGCUAUCAUACAUGUUUUCUCAGUAUAAUUGGAUUAAAUGCAAUCAACAUAUCUACACAAGCCUGGGCCCUACCAGAAUUUGUAGGAGGUCGCUUGACAUCAAUCUUAGCAUCUGAAUGGAAGAAGGAGAGUCCAUAGUGCUUAGGCUGGAGGGAUCCAUUUCACUGUAUGUCCUAUUGCUGUCAGUGAUGUUCUCCUGUUAGAAAAUGCCAUUGUGAAUGCUCUGUAAGGAUAAAAAUUGACAGCUUUUGUAAGUUGUACUGACUUAGCACACAGUGCUGCCUGUCACCAUGUGCUUAACUGCUGCUUGCCCUCUGAGCAAUCUUCUGUGUUGUACCAGAUGAGAAACAGUGCAGUGUUUUCUUGCAGCCUAUCCCAUUCUCUGUUGCAUCUCAGCAUGUUAUCUCGGUGCAGGGUCUUCCUAAGACUGGAAGUAUUUUUAUCCAGUAGUUUUUUUAUGCACAUUGAUAAACUGUAGCACUGUACUUGGGAGCUCUGCUUUAGCCUUCCUACAACAGCAAUCAGAUCUCCUUUCAGCUCUGUAAAGGCCCAAGGCCAUUUGCAAGGUUAUUUUCCACCUUUGAGGGUAGCCUUCUGGUCACCUCCCGCAUCCUGCCAGCUGGAGAACAGACCUGUGCUUAUGCUGGGUCCCGCUUUCCUGAUGCUGAGCCAGGCUGGAGGGAGUCUUGAGUUGGAAACAAAACCAAGCACACACAAGCUGUCAACCAGUAACAGGCCUGCUGCUGGAUUUCACUUCUCCCUUCCAAAACCAGUGGAUUGGACUGGUGUUGACUUACAGCCAUUUAAAGUCACAUAACUGCACUAACAGAGCUUGUCCAAGAGUAAGUUCCACUUGUGUUCAACAGGAGGGUUGCAGGCCUGUAAACCCUUACUUUGAAGGAAGAAUUGCUAUAAACAAGUCUGAAGAAGGGGUUUAUUGCUUAAAAUUCACCCAGACCUAGAAGCUGAACUCUCACGAUGGUUAUUCUUCCUAAACCUUCCUGCUGCUUCUGCUCUUUCCCUCCAAGUAAUACUCCUUCUUUGGCCUGUGAAUGCCUGGCACCCAAUCACUUCUCAACAGCAGCUUGACUGCUGCCCUGUCUCUGCUUUUACCAGGCCUUGAGGCCUCACCCUCUCCCUAGAUUCACUUACCAAGGCUAAUUCUUCACAGGUGUGACCUGUUAAGGAUACACCAUUGCUAUCCGAUUUAGGUUUGAAACAAUCUGUAUAACAACAAAGCUGAUUGGGAUGGCAGGGCCCAGCAGCCUGUCUGUGCUCAAUGUUUCACACGCUGUGAACAUGAUGCACUUCACUUCCCUCUGUGUCCCCCCCCCCCCCCAGCUUCAUUAUGGCUUGUGGAGUCUCCUGGAGUUGUUCUCCUGCCCUAGCUGCAGCAGUGACAACAAAGCAAAGCUGCUUUGUCUUAUCAGACCUUGCUGAACACCACACAUGGAAGUAGCUGCUGGGGGUUGUUUGGUCUGCAUUGAUUGUUGGUUUGUGGUUGUGUAUUUUACAAUAAAAAAAAAUCCAAGUCA